UGACAGAGCACGUUUUAUUGGCUUGUUUUACUGCUAUGACUUAUCGAACUAUUCAAAGCGCUGAAUGUUUAAAUUACACUUACACGUUUAAUGAUGUGUUUUAUUGUCAACAUUAGCUGAAACUAUACAGAGCUGUUUUGGGGUAUUAAUAUUUACAGCAAGCCGCACCGGGAACAACGUCUCAGCCAAUCGGCCGGCAGCACGAGGAUUGCUCGCUCGCUGAUUGGCCGACUGGCCUGGAUUGAAGAAGGCUCCUUGUCGCUCCUCUGAAGCGGACAUAAAGGCAGCGACGCCCGGCAGGAGCGUCACACGGAGCCCGCUCACGUCCACCCACACGUCCGGAGCUCUAGAACCGGGCUCGGCGCUCCAUUUUUAUAAAUUUUUUUUCUUCAUUUAUUUUUUGUGAUUUUUCUGCUUUUUUUACCGGACUGCAGGCGCUUGCGUGGCGCCACUGCGGCUGUGAAGUGUCACGUGACCUUUAUGAACUACGAGCGGCGGGACGACAGCGUGACACCUGCUGAACAGUGAAGACCUGAGGCAUCUUCAGGAACGCUAGAGCAGCAGGAAGACCGCCCCGCCUCCCCCACUCCUCGUAAACCAAAAGCACAGGAGCCAAAGUGUCACAAGAAGAAGAAGCAAAAAAAGAACAGAAGAAGUCCAUCAUGAAGAUGUUCAGCAUCACGCUUGGAAGCUUCUUGAUUGACAAGCUGAUCUGACGUGACUGAUUAGCACGUGCUAAUCCCGACGCUGCUACAUGGACACCCUAGCGACACGCCUCCUCCUUCCAGCGUUUCUUCCACCGGACGUGACACCGCCGCCAAACAUCCGCUCAGCCCUUUAUCCAACGCCAGUGACCUCGCGAUGUUUUCGUCCUCUCGCUCCAGCAUGCAACACGCCGUGUCCAUGAAGCCAUAGCGAGCGCAGCCGUAACGCCUCCCCGAACCCUGAGGAGCAUCCAUGCUUCACGCCCGCUCCACCUGGACCCGACCCGUCUGAGCUGACGGAUGAGUCCGGACACUUUCAUGUCUGCUGUGUGGGCGGAACCACGCUGCCCCGCUAGAACCGGGCCCAAGCCCUCCUUUGUCCUCUUCUGCUGGCUGGGGUUAAAUUCUGAGCAGAGACACUCGCACGAGGGCGUCCUACGCGCAUAGGCCCCGCCCCCUCACCCCCUCCCCACCACUCACUCGGUUGCCUUGAAGUGCACGUUGAGUUUCGCUGCCAAAACUUCAUCCGGGAAUUUGUGGCCAAAUGGUGAAUGUGAGCCCCCCAAGGAAGUCUCAUGGUUGAGCUCGUUUACAGACGCCAAAACCCACCAUGUGACUUCAACAGGAAGUGCCAAACAACGUUUACAUGCAAGCUUCAAUGUUUACACCCGCUCCAUCUCUUCUCUCCUCGGAUUAACGGUUUACACGUUGUUUUCUUCCACGGCGACGCUUGAAGGCAACACCUGCGUUUACACACGUUACAUUCAGGUGCGGACCACAGAACCUCCUCAUCCAAUCAUGACAGCUGCAGUCCCUGGAGGGAUGCUUGGCUUGUCCCUGCUGCUUUUCUCCUGCCUUGCUGUUGCCACGGUAACCGCCGAUAACGAUGUCAGGAAGCCGCCGAGCAGCACCGGCAAACACGCCACCCUCUUCCUGCUCACGGGCUACGAGCCGCCGCCGUUCCCCAAAGGUGCACCCAAGAGAGCGGAGGUGGAGGACGGCGAUGACGCGCCGCCCAUGGCUGAGCCGCCCCCCAAGCCCCUCCCGCAGACCAUGCUGCCGAGGAAUGUGACGGCCGAGGCCCUGAAGCCGCCUCUGGGCGCGGCCCAGGUGGCCCCGCCUCCCAGGCAGCUGGUGGAUGUGGACGUGUGCAGGGGUUACUUUGACGUGAUGGGUCACUUCGACAGCACCUUCAACUGUUCCAAGGGCAGCUACAUCUACUGCUGUGGGACCUGCCACUACAGAUUCUGCUGCGAGCACCAGCGCAACAGACUGGACCAGGACUCAUGCACAAACUACAAGUCGCCCCACUGGGCCGAACCCCUGGUUCCUGUCACCGUCCCCGCAGGCAACAAGCCCGACCCGGACUUUGAGACUCUUCAGCAGCAGAACAGCAGCACGGCCUACGUCAUAGGCGGGGUCAUCUCCUUCACGCUGGUGGUGGCCGUCGGGGUCCGGAUCGCCUUCAGUAAGGUGGCACGACGCCCGCGCAACAGAGACAUCAACAUGCCCAGGUCGCUCGUGGACAUCUUGCGCCACCAGUCGAGUCCCGUGCAGCACGGCGAGAGGAACAACAGUGCCAUGCUGACCACCUCUGACGGACGCACUUCCAAGAACAUCUACACACCCAUCCUGCAGAGCAAGGACAACCGCACUGGGAACUUGCUCCACCAUUUUAACCGGCAGGGCUCCGCUUCCAGUCCCAAACACUCUGCUGCCAUCGAGCGCGGGGCCCGCAUGAACAACACCCCCCAGCUCUCCUCUGGCCCGAAGCUGAUAGCAAGCAGCAGCAAAGGCGGCGGUGGCAGCGGCGGAGGCAUGGGCAUCAUGGGGGCCGGCAUGAGGCACAACAGCAGCCACGCUUCCUUCUCGCACUCCUUCCACAACCUGGCCCAGCUGCCGCCGUCCUACGAGGCCGCCAUGAAACCCGAAAUCAGCCGCUACAGCUCCCUCAAGAAGCUGGAGAAAGAGCUGGAUGAAUAUUCCGGCUAUUAUUCCGCCAAGCGUCGCUCCACCAACGUGGCGCCCUCCUUCCACUCCUCGCAGCACCACAUUCCCUGGGGGGGCGACUACACGCUGGACUCCAGGGGCACACUGCCACUCAAUGGCUCGCGGCCCCGCCUCCAAAUGCCCCCCUCCACGCCCAACCCGUACCCGCUGCCCGUGCAGACACACUACACGAGCUCCAGCUUCGACCGGCCGCCGCGCCGCGUCCGCUCCCAGGACCAACUGCUGGCACUGGGGGAGGGCAACACGCUGUCCCGCCUGUCCAAGAACCAGCAGCACCAGUACUACAAGGCCGUGAUGGGCGGGAGCAGGAGCUCCACCUCCCAGACACUCCGCAGAUCCCACGAGCGGCUGCUGGUGUCUCCCGAUCACCUGGAGGAGCGGCUGAUGGCGAUGGGCCUGGUGGGGGGAGCGGAGCGAAGCGGCAUGGUGCCCACGAUGGGUCGCCUGAGCCACCACCAGAAGGCCCAGUCGCAGCAGAACAUCUGUGUCACCCCCUCCAUGGACCGCCACCACAUGAUCAAGAUGAACUCCCACCCAACGUCCGGCCACGAGCACGAGCGCGGCGUGGGCGUGCACGGUGGCUGGGACGGUGGGGUGGGCUCCAUGGGGGGCCACCCCAGCGCGCGCCGCAUGGCCUUCGCCAGCAAGCGCCAGAACACCAUCGAGCAGCUCCACUUCAUCCCUGGCGGGGGAGGGGGAGGCCACGCCCUCCGGACUGGGAGUAAGAAUGAAGUGACUGUGUGAGACGACAACAGAAGCCCCCCCCCUUUUUUUUUUAAGGAAACCCACUUUCAUUUUUGUCCGCCAUGUUGUGAAAACCCCAAAGUUCCUUUUAGGAUGUUUGGUGCGGUGCAGGGUCCGAUGACACCAGCGCCAGAGGCACAACUACGUCUCGUCGUCUCCUUAGCGACACAGCUGAGUCUUCUCGUUGCGUAGUGAGGAAGCAUCGCUAGCUAGCCUGUUAGCUGACGUCCAUGACGAAGCAUUUAAAGGCCCACAUCCUGCAAAAAACUGCUGGAGAACUUUCUAGUUUGGAACGUUACCCUCGACCUCAUCCAAACCUCAGCAAAGCCACCAAUGGGACUGUGCUCAGCGCCCCCCCGUGGACGCCUGCGACAUCACAUGCGAGUGUGUGCGUGUGUGUUGGGGGUGGGGGACACACUAAGGGCUAUAACCAAGUAAUGAUGUUUGUGUGUCUGUGCAGCGUCUGCGUCUCGUUUGUGGAGGCAUGCUCGUUCUUGACUUCCCGUCAGAGGAGAGGGGACUCGACUUGCUUUAAAUCUUUAACCUUAUUUUGUGUGACUUCAAAUACACACAACAUACGUGUGUGCGUGCGUGUGUUUAUUACGAGGCCACCGUUUCAAUAAAGUCACAUCACACAUUUGUCACUAUUACAACUCCUAAUUCAUGUUUUCAUUUCUAAAAAGGACAGGAGCCGAUGCAAUCUAACGUAGUGAUGAUGUCACAGCCGGUGAUGAUGAUGUCACAGCGUGCGUGUGCGUGUCCUCCAUUGUCAUAUCAACUUUGAAUGAACAUACAUUCGCUGACAGCUCCGUCGCUCGCCUUUUGAAGAAGAACCGUGGAGGAGAAGAGGCACGCCAGGGAAAAUAUAAAAAAAUGAAAUGUUUCAUGGUGUCCGUCAUGCAUGCGUGCGUGCGUGCGUGACAUUUAUUUUAAUUUGUAAGAUACUCUGCAUACCUCAGAACUGUAAGAUACUUUUAAUUACUCCCUCCUGUGUUUUGUCUUUCCAGGGUGAAGGCCUCACUAACUUGUUUGUACAAACCAUGUUUGACGAUGAUAACUACAAAUAAAUCCUUUCAAAGCGU